UGAUCUCCUCUCCUCUCCUCACUCUCUGUCUAAUGGACCUGAUGACGUCAGUCUGAUCCCAGGUCGGUGCUCUCUGCGCGCUUCCGGUUCGCUGGGUGACCACGUGUCUCACCACGUGUCUACGUCUCCGGCCUGCCAGCGGACCAUGUGGAGCAGCAACAUGGCGGCGCAGUGGAGGGGUACAGACGGGGAUUUAAAUGCCGGCAACAGCGACUUUCUGGCCUGCAACUCUCCCAUUGAGUUGGUCCUGAGUAGACGUGACAUGGAGGGAGUGGAGAUGGACGCACAGUCCUGCAUGGAUCACUCCAUACUGGCCAUUUUUGAAGACUCCACGGUCACAUCAGAGGAUAAGAGCGGAGCGGAGGAAGAGAGCGAGACCCUGCUGUCGGCCCUGACUGAGAUGUUGGACAGCGUGGAGGAUGACGACGACGGGACUCCCUUUGACACCCUGCCAGACAGUCAGCUCCUCACCCACCCAGAGCGCAGGGACAACUCAGUGGAACUAUCACUUGCUGACAGACUUAGACCAAGAUCUAAAUCGCCAAAUGUAACCUUCACAAUAAAGUUUGACGGAGAAAAGGAAGAUGAGAGCAAAACGGAGCGAAACGUCCCUCUACAGCUGUUCAAACAACAAAGUCAGACAUUGUUUCACUCCACAAAUAAGAAAGCGGAGGCUGAAGUCGAGGUCUUCACCUCGUCUUCUCUCGUCAACCUGGUGAAGCUCAUGCACCCCUACUGCCUGAAGCUGCAGGUGGAAGAGGAGGGGGAUAAACUGAGGAAAAAGAAUCGCACGUUAUUCUCUCAGGGAGAGGUGUGGAAGUAUGAGAGACCCAGCGAAGAGAGCGAUGAAGAGAUAAACGUUGUGUCGUCUGAUGACGAGGGAAGUGUGAAAGACCCAAGGGAGAAAGAAGAGGGAGAUGAAAAGCGAGAUAAUGACACCCCCUUAAGGAGUGUGUUGCUGAAUGGAAACUCAUCCAUAGCUCCACCAUCCAGAGAGAAGAAAAGGGUGAGCUUUGGCCCCGUUCAAGUGGCUUCGUUUGAUUCAGCGGAAAAUGAAUUGAACGAGAGAAAUCUAACAAGUGGCCACACAGGUGAAGCUGUGUCAGUUCCACUGAACGGCACCGAAGCACUUGAUACUCCAGCUGGCUCAACACUUGAACCCCAAACGCCGCCCUCAGAAAUGAACAGCAACGAGGCGGAGGUUCUGCCGCCGAAAGGCGAGAUGAAGGCCAAAUCGCUCAGCCUCCAACAGUACAGACAGCUGCGCCAAAAGAGACAGCCCCUGGUGGAGAAACCGGGGAACUACACCACCAAGUGGCCCUGUGUUCCUGAGCCCCCCAAAGAGCUGACCCCCAUCCUCUGUUUACAGGGGCAAAGACAAAACAGCUGUGGACCAAAGGCAGCACACCAUUAUCCAGAUGCUAGAAGAAGCAGUGCUGAUCAGCUCCAUAGAUCUCAAACUCCCGGUCACAAGACCCAUCGCAUCUCCGCCCCGCCCAGGCCUCACCCCUCAGAGGCCAAACCAUCCAUUAACCUAUGUCGCAGCGGAUUAAAGCGCCCGAGGGAUGAAUCUGAAAUCAUCUCACCUGCCAUUCUGCAGCCAGCUAAUCCAAAUGUUACCGUGUCCGAAAGCAAAAAAAGUCCAGUAAAGAAACCAACACUGCUCAGUAGUGACCCCCCAAAUCCUGUCCUCCUCCCCCUGCCAGUUAGCCAAACAACAUCACCAACCACUGACCUCUCCUCAGCACAGUCCAAAGUGGAGUUCCUCAACAGAGACUCCAGUCUUGACAGCACCGGGCACUUUCCAGAAAUCCAAAAGGAAUCCUCAGGCAAAUCUCUUCAGAGACUGCCAUCCUCCUCAGGGCCUCAGGUGGCGUCAGUAAACCAGGGCUUCGCCACCCUGUUCCAGGAAAUUAAAAACAAGCUUACUGAGUUAGCUUCAGGUGUCUCCUCCAGACCUCCGGUACUGUGUCCAACCAAACACGAAUCCUCCUCAGAGUGCAAGCAACCGCAGCCUCAAAGAUGCAGUCCGAACCCGACGAAAGAAGAAGCCAAGCUGGAACCAAAGACCCCUCCGUCACCAAGUCCCGAUACAGAGAGGCUGAUAAAGAGUCCUUCCCUCACGCCAUGCUUCAGUCAGCCGCCUGCUCCCGUAGAGGCUCCGUUACCAGUAAAGGAGACGUUAUCAGAGGUUCACCCCAGUGAGGAACCACCACCCACUCCUCAGUUUGGCUGUGCAGUGCAGAGUGCAGCAGCUGACUCAGGAAUCGAAGCGCCUGAUCUGACCAGCCUGCUGGAACAGUUUGAGGAAACACAAGCUAAAGAGGAGAGGGUGUGUGAGAACGAGCCGGAGCCCAGACUUCCCAGUUCUCCUCCAAACCUCCAAACAGAUGGACACUUGGACAGAACUCAGCCUGCAGGGACACAAAGAGCCUCUGUUGUUGAACCUUUAAGCAUUUCAGAAUCACCUGGUGAUCCAAAACCCCUCAGGAAUUCUCCACAUCUUCAAAUGUCGGAGGGCGCGGACGUCCCAGAGCCCCUCGGCACCGAAAUAAUCCUCACCACUCAACAAGAUCCGCCAGCAAGACGCAAAAAUCCUCCAUCCAAGGCCAUUCAGAUAAUCGACCCCCGUCCUCUACCGUCCAAGAAGACGCACGCUAACCUCCCAGAGCUCCCCGCCGCUCCCAUCUCUCCUCACAUGUAUUCAUCUGUAUUCUCCGAUCACGAUUACUGUGGACCUUUGGACCGUACAAGUGCAACUCCGCGUAAUAGAGCCUCUAAACUUGAUGUAUCUCAAACCUCUGAUGAAUCGCAGGUGACCACCCGUGACUCAAGCGCUGCUGCUGAAUGCAAAAAACAGACCUCCACCAGCGAGGUCAACAGAGCCGUUGAUAACUCUGCAAAGUCUGUGAUGCAGCAUCUCUCUGAGCAACCCAGGAUCAGAUCAGACACGAGCACGUCCACAGAAGUUCUUUCAGACGGCGCUGCCACAGAGCGAGACUGUGGGCAAGACAAGACCGCCCAAUGCACCCUCCCAACACCUCCACCCAGCCCUCCUGCCAGAGGGAGGGAGAAACAGAGAUAUCGGAGAAGAUCUCCUUGUUCGGACUCCAGCUCCAGCUCUCCUUCCUCGUCAUCGUCGUCGUCGUCGUCCUCCUCCUCUUCCUGCAGCUCUGCGUCUCCCUCUCCAAAAAGACAAAAGCGCCGUCACAAGCGUUCAGAGAGCAGUUCGUGUUCGUCGUCGUCGUCGUCCCCCUCUCGCUCCCGCUCCCCACCUCGGCGCCACAGGUGGUCUUACUCAAGAUCGAGGUGUAGCAGGUCAAGAUCCAGAUCAUGGUCCCAGUCGAGGUCUCCAUCCAGAUCCCGAUCACCUUCCCCGCGGGUUCGCCGUAGGCAGUGGAGAGAUGUUUACAGCAGCAGCAGAGAGUCCAGGAAGCUCCGGAGAGAGCAUGAGAUCAGGAUUCAGAAACUCAAAGCCAUAGACGAGCGCAGGGUGGUGUAUGUCGGCCGCAUCCGCAAGUCUAUGACGCACGACGAGCUGAGGGAACGCUUCACUCAGUUCGGAGACGUGGAAUGUGUGUCGCUUCACUUUAGAGACAGAGGUGACCACUACGCCUUUGUCACAUUCUACAACAUGGAUGACGCUUUCGCAGCCAUCGACAACGGCGGCAAACUACGGAAGCCCAACGAGCUGCCGUUUGACAUCUGCUUUGGUGGAAGGAGACAGUUCUGUAAUUCCCACUACGCUGACCUAGACGCGAACAGAGACGCCGAGCCGUCUCCUGCCAAGAGCAGGUUGGAGGACCUCGACUUUGACUCGUUGCUGAAACAGGCCCAGAGAGGAUUAAAGAGGUAGCAGAGCUGUGUGGGAGGACAAGAACACCCAGCGAGACGUGGCAAAGAUGAAAGCGUUUGUUUUUUUUCAUGAACCUCAAAGCCUCAUGCUCGUACUUAUAUGUAGCAACCUUUUGUAUGUUUUCAUGUUUCGACUCUAAUACGCAUGCAGUUUCUGAUGUGUACAGUUGAUAUGUAUGAAUAUAUAGCACUGUUAAUUUGACAUAUUAGUGGAACCCACUAAAGAUUUUUGUUUCAUUCCAUAACAAUGAUCAUUUUUUUGUAUAUUUGUAUAUAAAAAAUAAAGGCUCUUGAUUGUGUUACCU